AUGAUCACAUUUGAAUAUCAAAUUGUAAGACAGGACAGUAAAAUGUUUACUUCAACAUAUUUGAAGUCUCAUUAUUCCCAACUAAUGGCUCAACAUUCGGAUCUGACUCCACUGAUGUUUUCAACACCUUUGUCAAGUGCUCCACAUUUAGAUUACGGCAUGAUGGGUUUGACUUCUAUUUCAAAACCACCCGUAACACCACCUGUAACUGCGUCGGAAUCAACACCCUCUUCAUCGAGACGAUCAUUAUUUGGCUUAGCACACAGUCCGUUGAAAGAAAUUGAAAAGGAAGCGACUUCAAGUUCAUUAAUGGAAUCAGUAAUUGAAACAGCAACCAACUCCCCCAGAAAGCAAAGAAAUGUGUCAACUGAAUCAAAAGCCAGCUCGUCAAGAAAUUUGGAAACUGCAGAAGUUAACCUGAAUGCUAUUCCAAUACCUAAACAUGAAAUCGAAUGUGACAUUGAAACCUUCUUAGUUGAUCGCAUCAAAAACUUCUUCAGCAAGACGGGAACAAAUUCUGAUCAGAAAAUGGAAGUCCAGAAGGAAGUGAACAUAUUUGAAGGGAUUCCAUCAUUUGCUGUUGCCUUGCGUGCUGAUCGAUUAAAACAAAUUGAACAAACAAAUGAAAAAGCCAAAAUAAGUGUUAAGUAUAACGAACUCCCUUACCAUAGUCUAAUGAAACGAACCUUUCUGGGAGCUGACGAUCGCACUCCAAAAGAAGAGGACAGAAGGAAAAAAAAUAGUCAAGCAGCAUUGAAGUCUCGGGCGAAGAAUAAAAUUUAUGCUCAGAAAUUGGAAGAAGAAGCAUUUGAAGCAAUGAAGGAAAACUUCGAAUUGAAACGUAAAGUUGCAUUCUUGAGAGCUCAAGUCAACUCCACAUUGAGGAAACAUGGAAAGAAGGAAGUCAACUUCAAUGAGCUAUUCGAGAAUAAAGUCGAUCAAGUGUUGAAAAUUCAACCCAAGCAAUCAGAAUUAAACUGCACGGAAUCAGAAUAA